AUGCGGUUCAUACUCCAGUGCUUGUUGACAGUGCUGCUAACGAGUUUUCAGACUCGAGCACAAGAUGACUUCUCCGUCACAUCCACCGAUAAUUAUCAAUGGAGUCAGGCCGAUUGGUCUUUGACGACGACGAGGUUUACUCCAGGGCAGUACCAAUCGCGCCUGUCUCUAGCAAACGGAUACGUGGGAGCAUCACUCGCUGCCGCUGGUCCAUUCUUCGAGAUAGAUGUCAAUCAGACUGAUCCCUCUGGAAUACAGCCUAUAAACGGAUGGCCACUUUAUGAUUCCAGGAUUUCCUUUUCGACCAUCUCUGGUUUCUACAAUGUGCAACCCAAUGCCUCCGGAACGAACUAUCCAUGGCUGAAUCAAUAUGGCUGGGAAAGUCUCAUUGCCGGAAUUCCCCACCCUACGGCCCUGAUCUUCGCAUUUGGAGACAAUUAUCUCGAUGCUACAGUCAAGAAAACGACCAUUUCAAACUUUGCUUCCAAAAUAUCAUUCCAGACCGGCGUGGGUGAAUGGUCGUAUACUUGGACCCCUGAGAAUGGUGCAGCGUCAUUCAAUGUCUCGUAUGCUGCCAUCUUCAGCAGAAAGAGACCAAAUGUCAUAGCUGUGAAGGCAACCAUCACACCUACUAGUGACAUAAAGGGAACUGUUACGGAUCUCCUGGACGGUCGAAGUGCUGCGCGUUCAUAUCUAGAUAAAAAGGGACUGGAUCAGAACGGAACUGUUCACUCCUCGGUCCACCCCAACGGUCUGGCUAAUGUUACCGCAUACAUUGUCUCCGGAGUCGAUGUCACAAAUUCGUAUACGAAUACCUCUUCUAGAGCGGAAGCAACCGGAGCAUACAUUAGCUCCAAUGAUACAACAAUCGGUCAGACUUUUGACAUUUCCCUGAAGAAAGGAGAGACUGCCACAUUCUACAAAUACGUGGGCGCAGCUUCGAAUGACAAGUUCCCUGAGGCUGAGGAUGUCGCUCGUCAAGCUCAAUCUGAUGCCCAAGGCGAAGGUUGGGACGCAUUGCUCAAAGAACACACUGAAGCGUGGGCCAAAAUCAUGACCAAGGAUUCUGUGGACGACUUCUCUGAUCCAGUUACCGGAGAGUUGCCUACAGACUUGAACGUCCAAAUUCUGCACAUUACCUCCGUCGCAAACACCUAUUACCUCCUUCAGAGUAUGCAGCCUGAUGGAACUGGACUCAACGAUAACAGCAUCUCCGUUGGCGGACUCGUAUCCGAUUCGUACGCUGGUCUUGUAUUCUGGGAUGCAGAUUACUGGAUGGCACCGGGUCUUAAUCUUGCCUAUCCUAAUUGGAGCAAGCAAAUCAGCAACUACCGCAUCAAGCAGCAUGAACAAGCCAUGGCCAAUGCUGCGUUCAACAACUAUCCGAAUGGCAGCGCGCUCUACUCCUGGACAUCUGGGCGAUAUGGCAAUUGUACCGGCACGGGCCCCUGUGUCGACUAUCAAUAUCAUCUCAACCAUGACAUUGCUUUCAAUCUGCUCCAGCAGUAUAAUGUCACGAACAAUAAGACGUGGUUUGACAAUGGGCCUCGACAGAUUAUUGAAAGUGCGGCUAUCAUGACGUCUCAUCUAUUGCAGUAUAACGAGACGACGAAGACUUACUGGAUUCAUAAUAUGACGGACCCAGACGAGUACGCGAACAAUAUCGACAACGGAGCGUUCACCCUUGGGUCUGCCGCCGAAUUACUGGAGCAGGUCAACGCACUUCGAGUGACCGAAGGGUUACCCAUCAACGAGACGUGGGGCCUCCAAGCUGCGGGCAUCGCCUUCCCCAGCGCCCCAUCGAAUAUCACUCUUGAAUACCCUGGAAUGAACAACUCCGUGGCAGUCAAGCAAGCAGAUAUCGUACUUUUGGCUUACCCGCUAGACUAUGGCCAGAACUACACCGAAGCCGACAAGCUCCUUGAUCUAGAUUACUAUGCGAAUAGACAAUCUCCAGACGGUCCCGCCAUGACAUAUUCCAUAUUCGCCAUCAAUGCAAAUGCACUAUCUCCUUCGGGUUGCUCAGCUUAUAGCUAUACGCUGAAUGGGUUCCUCCCAUAUCUCCGAGCACCUUGGUUCCAGUUCUCGGAACAAGAAGUGGAUGAUGUCUCCAUAAAUGGCGGUACCAAUCCUGCGUUUCCGUUCCUCACAGGCCACGGUGGUGCCAACCAAGUCGUCCCAUUCGGCUUCUUAGGGAUCAGGACCGACCAACCUGUUUUAUACCUCAAUCCGUCCCUCCCCCCUCAGAUCCCUCAUAUCAAAGUUCGAACCAUCUACUUCGCCGGCGCAACCCUCGAAGCAAGCAUCAACAGAACCCACACAACUAUAACUCGCCGCGCAACGUCCCCCUCAGUCGGCCUCGAAGAUCUCUACGCGGACGCCACGCUCCCAUUCAUAGUCGGCAAGCCCAACUCCCCCAGCUCCCCCAGCACGCCUUACUCACUCGCCAUCAACCAAACCAUCACAGUCGACAACAGAAUGUACUGGGAAAAGCUGACCAACGAAAACAACCUUCUCCAAUGCCUCCCCGUAACCAGCUCCGACCCCCACGCACAAGGCCAAUUCCCCAACUCCGCCAUAGACGGUGCAACAUCUACACGCUGGCAACCGUCCACCAACUCCUCCGCAUCCAUCCUCGUAAACAUGACCGGUAUCCCCUCCUCCCCGAUCUCAGGAAUAUUUUUCGACUGGGGCACGCGUCCACCCAAGUCCGCGGUCGUGUAUCUAGGCAACACUACAGACGGGACGCAACUUUAUGGAACCGAGGACGUUAUCACCAUUAAUGAUAUUACCCCAAGCAUGCCGUAUAAUGAGACGGAGGCGGCGGCGAGUAGUCUAGAUGUCGUCCCUGGUACGGGGAAUACGACGACGAUUAAGGUUGCGGGCGGGGCGUGGAGUGGGAUGUUUGCGAGGUUAGAGGUUGAGGGAUGUUGGGAGGAUGAUGGGGAUGGGGCGACGGUUGGAGAGUUCGUUUUGAUUCGAGCGUAG